GGGGAUGGCUACAGGCGGAACACCUUGCACAGGGCAGUCUCCUCCCGGGCAUUGCAGUGUCUGGUCGUCGCUCUCUGAAGAACAAAACUGCCUACCACAGGGGAAGGAGCUAAAGAGAGGAAGACACAGGAGAGAGAAGGAGAGAAGGAGGGAGAGAGCGAGAAGCAGCAUCACACGGUCUCUUCUCCUGGAUGCCUCAGAAGACCAGGAGAAAAGUGGCGUGAUGUGAUGAAGAGAGAGAUGCAAUAAAACGGAGGAAAGGCAGGAAAGAAGAGAAUAAAGGAGACUUAAAAGAGAAAAAAGGGAAAAAAAGACAAAGAAGGAAAGAAAUAAACAGAAAUGAAGAUAAUUAUGAUAGACUGACUCAAACUAAAGUUUUUUUUCCUAACAUAUUAACCCAGUCGUUCGUCUUCCUUCAGGUGGAGAUAAUCAUUAUCUUGACUGAUGUUUGGUAGAUAAAUAUUGAUAUUUAAAAAAAGAAAAGGUCAGACGAAGAAUUUCUUAAAAAAAAAAAAAAAGUCAGUGACCUUCAAAGCCGAGGCUGUAUUCACUGAGCCCACCCACCCUCUCACCUCCCUCUCCUUCUCCUUCUCUUCUCCCCCUUCCCCUCCUCCCCUCUUCUCCCCUACCCUCACCCCCAACCCCAACCCCCCACACACACCCCUAAACACAGAGACAAGCCACAACUUUGCCAGAAUCGCUCGAACAUCGGGCUAGGCAACACCGCCAUGUCUGCCUCCGUUUUCUGUUCGGAGAAAACGGAUAUGAAGAAGACACCCCCUGACCACGCCCCUUCUGCUCUCUCAAGGCCCGCCCAAUUACUCAAGUGGGCGGUGCUGGUAGCGCUAAUGGGCGUGUUUGUUUUACCAUUAGUGACGGCCCAACAUGGAGCAUUUGUAGGAAUACCUGGUAACUACUGCAGGUUCAGACGCCCGUCCGAGUGCUGCGACGGCCGCUACGACGAGUGUUCGGUGCCCAUCCAGGGGACACUCUGCUAUUGCGACCACUUCUGCAACCGGACGUACAACCCCGACUGCUGCCCCGACUACUGGGAGGUGUGUCUCGGACUCAAGCCGACGCCCGCGCCCAUCAGAACGUGUUUCAAGGAUGGAAUCUACAUACCAAGUGGGAAAAGUUACAAGUUUAACUGCAAUGAAUGCAAAUGCAACAACGGCGAGCUGCAAUGUGAGGAUGACGAGUGCAUGAUUGACGUAAGCCUCAUGAACCACAUCAACGGUCGGCCUCGAGACUACGGUUGGAGGGCCAAUAAUUACUCGGAAUAUUGGGGCAGAAAGAAGAGGGACGGGUUCUUAUACCGCACUGGCACUCUCAACCCCGAGGCACUGUCCCUGCAGAUGUACCCGAUCAUCCUGCGCCCCGACCCGUCCCGCAUCCCGAGCGAGUUCGACGCCCGACAGAAGCCCGAGUGGGUGGGUCGGGUGAGCGACGUCGGAGACCAAGGCUGGUGCGGCGCCUCGUGGGCUUUCUCGACGCUGGGGGUGGCGCAGGACAGGCUUUCCAUCGAAUCCUUUGGCAACGAGACGGUGAGACUCUCCCCCCAACACCUCCUGAGCUGCAGCAGGAGAGGCCAGAGGGGCUGCGAAGGCGGGCAUGUCGAUAGGGCGUGGCAGUACCUACGGAAGGUUGGUGUUGUGAACGAGGAAUGUUAUAGUUACGAAAGUGGCACUACCGGGAAGGUGCCAAGCUGCCGUAUUCCUAUCAGGGCCAACCUCUUCAGCCUCAGAUGCGCAUCAAAGGAGGUCGUGUACCAGAGACGAGACUUGUACAAGACAGAACCUCCCUACCGCAUCGCUGGCAAAGAGGAAGACAUCCAGUGGGAGAUCAUGACCAACGGACCCGUGCAAGCCAUCAUGAGAGUGUACAAGGACCUGUUCAUGUACGCCGGCGGUGUGUACAGGCACACAGGAUCUCCACAGGAUGACUAUGCCAUGCACUCCGUCAGGAUCGUUGGCUGGGGACAUGACAGUUCCUUGGGAGGAAGGCCUUCGAAGUACUGGCUGGUGGCCAACUCGUGGGGCAAGAGCUGGGGCGAGCGAGGGUUCUUCCGCAUCCAACGAGGCACAAACGAGUCGGAGAUCGAGUCGUUCGUCCUGACCGUCCGCGCUCGCCUCGCCGCCUACGACAGGAAGGCUAGGCGUCGAAGGCCAGGUCGCCACGCCCACCAUCACGACGCCCACCAUCACCCGGAAGCCCAGAAUCAGUUGGAUAGGAGUGGCUGGCUUAUCUAAGAGAGAAUUUUUUUUUUCUUUUUUUUUUGAGAGAGAGAGAGAAGGGAGGGGGGGAGGGGGGUAAAGGGGGUAUUUCCUGAGUUUUUGGUUAUAUAUUUUUUUUUUACUUUUUUUUUUGGUGGAUAACAGGUCGUUAUUUUUUCUUUUCUUUUCUUUUUUUAAUUAUACUUGAGAAAUUAUAUGAGAUAUCAUUAAAAAAAAACUUGUUUCUCUUAUAUAAUUGACAAAAAUAAUAAAACCCUUACCUCUUUUUUUUUUUUUUUUUUUUUUUUGCUUAGACAUUUAUUUUGUUUUUGGUGAAGGGCUGUACGUAACUCUCUUUUAAGUGAGUCAAAAACAAAUCGGUCUCGAAUCUAUAGUCUCCCUUCAGUGUUUAGUAAGUCAAUUCACUUCAGUUUUAAGUAAGUCAACUCACUUCAGUCUUAGGUCAUCUCACUUUACGUCUUACGCAAGUCAUCUCAAUUCCAUCUUAUGUAAGUCAGUAAGUUCAGUCUUAAGUCAACUCACUUCAGUCUUAAGUUAGUCAGUCGCGAGUCGGUCUUGGCUUGCGCGCGUUCUGAACUAGUUUCAAAAAUUCAGUCGUGAGUCAAUUCAAUUUUUUUUUUUUUAUUGCUGUCCUAGAUUCAGCACAUUUUUAUUUUUUCCACCACCACCAUUCAUUGGAAUCGAAUAAUCCUUUUUCCAAUCGUUAUUAUGAGAAAAUUAUUUUAUUUAGACUCGGUUGAAUAUUUUUAAAGUGAAAUGAUGCUUCAAUCAAGGCCUUUGUCUCAAUGUGCGAGAACUGAGGCCAAUGUUUGUGUAGAUAGUUUCAUAUAUACAAAACACUGCCAGUUGUGGAAGCUUUAAUUUUAAAUAAUGCCAUUUUGUGGGCGGUGAGAGUGUUUUAGAUAGAUAAGUAGAACAUAUAUGUAUAAAUAUACAUAUAUUUACUGUAUGAACAUGUGUGUCUAUAUAUAUAUAUAUAUAUAUAUAUAUAUAUAUAUAUAUAUAUAUAUAUAUAUAUAUAUAUCCCAGCCAUACAUUUAGGUACUGCCUACAUUCUCACUUUCCUUCAGAGGCAAGAGAAUAAGGUAGUUCAAUCCUCUCGGAAAGCCAGGUCAAAUACUGCCGUGACCUUUGACCUCGCUAACCUUUGGAUAUUUAGUUCUUUGUGAGCCUCUUUGCUUUAUUGAAAAAAAAACGCUUGUUGCAAAAGAAAAUAGUUAUUACUGAAUUGUUUUUGUCUUGUUAACCUAAUAUUUUCUUAUUCAGGAACUAUUAUCCACCUUUUGGUGUUGUUAAAAAUGCUGCUCUCAAAAUGACUUGUCAAUAUCUAAUAAAAACUUAAAUCAAGAUAUCAACUUAAAGGCAUUGAAUGCGUGUAAAUGACUGAGAGUGCCUUGCUUGUGCCUAUACAAUGUUUUAAAUGAAACACACUUGUAUAUUUUAUAUCAAACUGAUCAUUUCUACGAUCAACUGAACUUAAUUCGUAUUGUAAAUAUAAAAGAACUUUAUUACAAUACAUGUUAUAUUUCUAAUGGUAUGGAUACUUUAAUGGGUGUUCCAUUAAUGAAUAAAGUUAGUCAAGCUAUAUUUUAAUUAAACUCAAGGAAACUCUGAUAGAGUGCGUAGGUGCGUUAGUUUGUACUAUUUAGAAAUCCACUUUGAUAUGAGUGAAAAUAAGGAAGAUGGUUUAUGAUAAGAGAUUAUUUAAUUGCCUCAUUGACUGCUUUGCAACAUCGUGCAAUCUAAUCUCGUUUUUUAUUUUAUUAGUGUUUUUUUACCAAUCUAUCUUCUUAUCUUUUUUUUCUUAAUUUCUCCUUCUUCGUCUUUUUAUCAUAUUUUUUUCUUAAUUUCUCCUUCUUCGUCUUUUUAUCAUAUUUUUUUCUUAUUUUUUUAUCCUUCUUUACCUUCUCUUUCUUCGUCUAUUUCCUUCUUCCCAUUACUUGUGGAUUGUUUUUCUCAUCAUUUUUAUGGUUAUGUUCACCGACAGAUGUUUCUAUUCCACACAAGGAACUCGGUCUGUAGUAAGGAUUUAGAAUAAAUUUUAAAUGUAUUUGAAUUUAGUGAUUCUG